AGACAAUGGAAUACAAAAAAUAAUGUCAUGUGAAAGAAAGGAAAAGGAAAUGUCUGAGCGACAUAUCCUAGAGCGGGCACUCGGAGAGAGCGCCGUGCCAGUGCCAGUGCCUGUGCCGAGCGUGCGGCCCAGGCUGCCUCGUCACUGGAAGGAAUUUGUGUGUGGAGGGGGGGCAGCAUUCUGUAACAUACUCAUAAGCUAUCCUCUAAAUAAACUCAUAUUUAGACAGAUGAUGCAUGGAGUUGAAACACAGUUUGCCUUUCACCAGUUGCGAAAAGAAGGCCUGCCCUUUCUAUACCGUGGAAUGCUACCUCCUUUGAUGCAAAGGUCGCUUUCAAUGUCUCUAAUGUUUGGAGUGUAUGAUGAAUGCCUACAACCAUUGUUAGAAAGCAAAGUGAAUCCAUAUGUUGCAAAGACGUGUGCGGGCUUUAUUGCAGGCUGCUUUGAAGCAACUCUCAUGCCUUUCGAGAGAGUACAAACACUACUGAUACAUCCAAAGUACCACAAAAAGUUUAAGAAUACUGCUGAUGCAGCCACUCAUAUUGCUAAGCACUAUGGUAUUAAGGAAUUCUACAGAGGAUUAAUGCCUAUUUUACUUAGGAAUGGUCCCACCAAUGCAUUGUUUUUCAUAAUUCGGGAUGAAGUAAAGGACAGGCUCCCUAAACAAGAACGAGCGCUGUACCAAGGCUUACAGAACUUCUUAGCCGGAGCAACAAUUGGUGCUCUGCUCAGUACACUCUACUACCCUUUGAAUGUAAUUAAAAUAGCAAUGCAGUGUCAACUUGGUGGUCCCCACAGGACAGUAAGAUAUCAAUUUAAUUAUAUUUUGCACAUGCGAGGCUCAAAGUUCGCCAACUUCUACCAUGGAGCUUUACUUAACAUCUCUCGUGCUUUUCUAAGUUGGGGCAUCAUAAAUGCCUCAUACGAAGUUUUCCGAAAGUUGUUAUAUUCCUAG